UUUGCUGUUAUCAGCCAUGACCCUCGCUUCCGGAAAAUCUCCCAGCAGGCACGCAAGAUCAAAAUUGACAGGCGCUUCCGAGGAAUGUUCGAGGACGACAACUUCAAACUGAAAUACUCGGUGGACAAGCGAGGGCGUCCUGUUAACCUGACAUCCAACAAACACUUGCGGAGAUUUUACGAGCUGUCCAGUUCAGAAGAUGGUGACACCAGUGAGGAGGAUGACCGAAUUGCCUCACCUGCAAGGGAUGAGGCUGGUGCAUCCGGGCUAGGCGUCUCGCAGAAAACCAAGAGACUUUCAGGGAAAGAACAGAUCAAGGAUUUACUCAGGAGACAGAAGGAAAGAAAAUCAAACAGGCAAAAGAUAGCACUAAAAAGCAAAGCAGACAGAAAUACCAGAGACAGAAAGAAGGUCACGCCGGGCAUUGAUAAUGACAAUGACAGUUACGACGAUUCUGAUCGUGAUGCCAGUGAUGCUGGACGUUCCCUUCCAUCCUCGUCUCAGAGGGUUGACCAUGACCAACGUCACCGACCCCCUUUCCUCCAAGGGGUGGAUCUGGCCCGGGGCCAGGGGAACGUAGAGAGCUCCUCUGACUCCGACACCGACUCCGACUCCGACUACGGAAGCAGCGAUGCGGGGGAGGGCGGGGAGCUGGAACUGCAGUGGGGGGAGCUGGACCAUGACGCCCCCCGCAGCAGCCAACAAUCCGCCCGUUUGGCGCUCUGCAACAUGGAUUGGGACAGGGUGACAGCCAAUGACCUGCUGGUGUUGUUCAAUUCCUUCAAGCCCACCAGGGGCGUGAUACAUUCUGUCAAGAUUUACCCUUCUGACUAUGGUCUUGAGAAGAUGCGAGAGGAGGAUGCGAGAGGCCCCGUGGACCUCUUGGAGGAUGGAGACAGGAGUGAGGAGACACUGACUGAUGGUCAUGAUGACGACCUGCUGCAGCAGAAACUCAGGAAGUACCAGCUACAAAGGUUAAAGUAUUACUAUGCUGUCAUUGAUUGUGACAGCGUUGGCACAGCGUCUGCGUUGUAUGACCACUGUGAUGGUAUGGAAUAUCAGAGCAGUUCCACUAAACUGGACCUCAGGUUCAUUCCCGACAAUGUCACCUUUGACCACGAGCCCAAGGAGGUCACAACCGAGCCGCCCGACACAGCCCUGUACAAACCUGUGGAGUUCCGCACUGCGGCGCUGCAUCAGUCGCGGGUUGAACUCACUUGGGAUGAGACCAACCACCAGAGAACCGUCAAGACUGCCGAGGCAUUCAAGAAGAAGAAUGUUGAGGACAUGGACGUCAGUGCCUUCCUGGCUUCCUCUAGCGAUGAGGAUGGCGAAGAGCGUUGGGAGUUUGAUUUUGACGAGAAAUGUGACGAGAGGAGGAAAGAAGAGAAAGAACAGGAUGAGGAACACAGCGUACCUCUGAACGAGGACCAGCAGAUAGCCAAGUACCGAGCGCUUCUGAAAGAGGCCGACAAACACCGUCAGACGGAAGGAGACAAACGGAUGGAGAUGGAGAUCACAUGGGAACCAGGUUUAAAGGACACUGCAGAGGGAUUGGUGAAAAAGAAGUCUGAGAGAGUAGCAGAGGCCACACCUUGGGAAAAAUUCUUGGAAAAGAAAAAAGAGAAGAAGAAGAAACCAAAAGGAAUGAAACAAGAGGAGCAGGUAGAAGGAAUCAGUCAAGGUACUGAUCUCGCCUUCAGUGAUGAUGAACUACCUGCAGGUAUAGAUAUGAACGACUCUUUCUUCAAAGAUGCCUUGAACAAGGAUGGGGUGAAAGGUGUUAAGAAGAAAAAGAAGACAAAAGGCAUGAACAGAGAAGCAGUCACCAAGGAAGAUGAAGAGAAACUCCAACAGAGAAAAUCUGAGCUUGAGUUGCUGUUCAUGGAUGACGACGAUGGCAAGAAACACUUCAGCCUGAAGCAGAUCAUGGAGAAUGAGCAGAACCAGGGCAAGAAGGCCAAGAGGAAGAAGAAGAAAGGGCAACAGGAGGAGGAGACCAAGUUGGAGGAUGACUUUGAGGUCGACGUAAAAGACGACCGCUUCCAGGCCCUCUUUACGUCCCACCUCUACGCCAUGGACCCCUCCGACCCGCAGUUCAAGAAAACCAAGGCGACUGACACCUUGCUGGCGGAGCGGCAGAGGCGAAGGCAGCUGGCGGAGGAACAGGGAAGGCGGGGCAUGGCUGCCACGUCCGUGGCCACACUGGAGACAGCACCGAAGGCUGACGCUGGGAAGCCGGUGCCGAGAAAUGCUGAACUCUCCAUGCUUGUCAAAUCUGUCAAGAAUAAGACAGACCAGUUUAACGAGAGGAAGUUAAAACGGCAGAAAGUAAAUUGAAACAAAUUCAUCGUGUCGUUAUGUAAAUUUUUGUAAGAUUUAGUCACUGCAAAUAAUAUUAUAAAUGAUAUUCUUCUCUACACAAAAUGUUAAAAUUCGAUUUAGUUUUGUGGUCAUUUUUUAAAAUUAGUUUCUGGCUCAAUGUUGACUUACAACCUUAAUUCAUCUCUUAUGAAUUGUCAGAAAAAUACAGUUACUCAGCCAUUUUUGCACUGCCCAGAGAUUACUAAAGAGGUUAUUUGAUUUUCAUUCCAUGCAAUCAUGAAAGUAUCACCUUCAUUUUAAGGAAUGAGUCAUGCGGCGGAGAAAAGGAGCAACAAAAUCAUAUUUGAGGCAUUGGGUACAAAUUGUUCAUUAAAAAUACAAAAUGUAUGUUAACUUGUGAGCUGAAGGAAAAUCCAGUGAACGAAUAACAUGUCUUUGGUCAAGGUCGCUGAAAAAGAAGAGAAAUUGACAAAGCUGUUUUCUCAAUCUUUUCAAACAGUUUGGAUCCUUAUUUUAAUAAUUGAACAAUAUUUUCCCUUCAAAGAUCCUUCUAUCAAUCUAAGAAUUCCCAGCACUGAGUUGUUGUA